AUGCCGUCCUUUUCUUCCGCAGGGCCAGGGAUAGGCAAGGCGUCGGGGGCGUCGGACGGGAAAUUCUCCUGCAGGGCCAGAGACAAAGGACAAGCUGUUGCUCCGCCAGGUCCCCCGCAGGCGCAUUUGGUUACACGGGCUCCAUUCGCCGGGGCCUCGCCAGCCCGCCUGUGGCUUGGGGAAGCGGCUCCCUGGGGACGAGCGAUCCGGUUUCGGAGGGUGCGCAGCCGUCGUCGGGCAGCCGCUCGGCCCCUGAGGCGCGCCGAGGCGCUCCGCCUGAGCCCCGGAUGGAGCUACGCCCUGCUCCACGCCCCGCAUCCCGGCAUGCUCUUCGCCCGCAUCUCGCUGCGCUACGCCGUCCUGAUGCAGAUGCGGUUCAGUGGCCAGCUGGGGAACCGGGUGCUGGGCUUGGGAUGUGUGUCUGACGUAAGCCACCUGGCUUCACACACCACGGAGGGCCCCCAGCAAAUGGUGGCUCGCUUGUAUGCCAAGCAGUUGACCUUGCUGGAGCUGCAUGCUGUCGAAAUUAGCGCCGUGCACUCGCGGGGCCAUGGACUGGAGGUGAUGGGAAUGGUUUGAGUGCCCCUUUACACCCAGAAAGAUCGCAUGGACCCUUCCUUCCUGGGGAAUUCCUUCGUCAGCACAGCCAAAUUCCAGCUCCUUUAUGUCUUGAAAGUCUUGAAUAUGGUACCUGCGUAGAAGCUGGCAGAAGCUGUGGCUGCCAUGCAGAAACCUCAAAGGCCUUCCUCAGAAGCAGCCUCAGCCACCCCCACAACCGCUCCAGCAUCGUCUCCUGUUGCCUUCUGGACCAACAGUCAGGUGGGUGCCAAGGUGCAGCCUCUGCAGCAGAAACAGCUGCUCUGAGUUGUUUAGGGACUGAGUGAGGAGGACCAAAGAUGGGGAAGGCUUUUGCCACAAGCCUGCACUGUGCCGCCACCUUCUUGCCACCAAUGGCUCAGGCCACCCAAAGCCCUCUGGAAGGCUCUGUCCAGAGGAGACGUUCCACUUGGUGCCCUAUGGACUGCUUGUGCUGGCCACUGGAUUUAUUUAUUUUAAAAGCCUGUUUGUGGAAAGGCCUCAGAGGUCAGGAUGGGGUUUUCGGUUCCUACUUUUAACACUGCACUUCAGGAUAUUUAUUUUUUAAUGUGAUAGCUUUGAGCACCAGAGGAGUCAAUUUUGCUGCUGUGCUGAAAGUGGAGACCAGAAUAAAAAACUUUUUUGUGUCACCUGCAGAAGACCAGGUGUGUUUCUACCCAGCUGUUAAAACUACAUAGCUGACCUUUUGUUUGAACCUACAUAGCUUAACACAGGGAUGCUCCAGAAUGCUGCUUCUCUGCCACAGGGGUAUACAGUGGUACCUCAGGUUACAUACGCUUCAGGUUACAUAUGCUUCAGGUUACAGACUCCGCUAACCCAGAAAUAUUAUCUUGGGUUAAGAACUUUGCUUCAGGAUGAGAACAGAAAUCGUGCUCCAGCAGCGCGGCAGCAGCAGGAGGCCCCAUUAGCUAAAGUGGUGCUUCAGGUUAAGAACAGUUUCAGGUUAAGAACGGACCUCUGGAACAAAUUAAGUACGUAACCAGAGGUACCACUGUACAGCUAACUCUUACUAUCACCAAAUGGCAUGGUCAGGCUUUCCAUAAAUUUCCAAGAUUAGUCCAAGCUGCCCAUUUAAUCUGCAAGCUUCUCCCUCUCAUGUGAUUUAUUUCAGGUAUCUCUACAAGUGAAAGGACAAAACAGCAAAA